CCCACCAAACACAAGUCCACAGACAAAUACUUGCACAAACAAUUCUCAAAAUUACCAAUCCCCUUACCCAAUUUCUAGUUCAGGCCAGAGCCACCUCGCGGAGGUAUUCCAGCCAACCAACGAAAAUGACCAAAUCGGUCCUGACAGAUUUUAAAACGGCGGACAAAGUGGCUGAGGCUCAACACGAUGGAUAUCAACUCACCGAUAAAGAUAUCCAGCAGUUAGCCUUGACUGACCAGGAGUACAAGCUCCAGACCUGGGAAGAUUUGAAGGCUAUAGUUGAGGAAAAUAGACUUGAAGAUCUUAAACGUGUCCCUUCCGAUUUGAAGCGUUAUAUCUCGUGGUCUCAUAGAACCAGAAAGGAGUAUGGAACUAUUCAGGCCUUCGUAUUAAAGGAGAGAUUAGGAUGGACAGAUUUGGCAGCAGAGAACCCGACCCCGUUUGCUUCCAAAGCUGAUACCAAAAUAUUGGUUAACGAUUGGCCAUAUGGCAAUGCUCCCGGUAUAUUAGUGCACCUAGUAGCCUGGACAAAAGCAUUCAUCCCAAUCAUUCAAGAACCCGGUCCCGAAGUCGGUGAUAUCACUCCCGAAUCUCGCAACCUUAUCAAUGACUUUGUUCAACACACCUUCAUUCAACACCUAGGCGCCGAGAACGUGCUUUGGUUCAAGAACUGGGCUAGUAUUCAGAGUGUUCGCAGCGUUGAACACAUUCAUGUUCUUGUCCGUGGGGCCAGUGAUGAGUUUCUUGAGAGCGUUCUUGGUCUGGAGGUAAAUGGGAAGAUGAAGAAGGGUAUCGGUGAGCUGGAGCGGGAGAGGGAAGAAGGGGAGAGCGCCUAGAAUAUCGAGUGAUUUAUUAUGAGCUAAAGGACAGCUAUAAGGCGAAAACGGAGAAAAUUAUAGCGAUACCAGGGCAGUCGGCACUCGAGUAGAGUAGGACGGACUUUCUCUUUUCAAAUUUCUAUUUUGUGGGUCCUAAGGGCAGGGGAAAUCAAGGGUGAAACUUUGGUGUUGCUAUUUU